AUGGCGAAAAAUUUCUUGUUUGUCGAUUCUUUGGGACCACAAGGGGGCUUGGAGAUUCAUGGUCCACACAGCGCGCUGAUGAGGAGUCUCGUCAACCACUUGUGGAAGACCGUGCCAGUGUUUGCAGUCAAGACCGCUGGCGGAAACAGGGUCAAAUUUCAGAAUGUUGGAGCAGGUGUGGAUGCCAGCGCCCUUCAAUCCACGAUGGAUUUCUUGACUGCACAGAUUCCCAUACUGUGGAUAGAUGUCCGCCGAAGGUCAUGGGCUGCAGGAGGAAGGAAAAAAGAAAAAGAAAGGAAUUUUGUACAGCGCACCUACCAGACGAAGACAGUAUCCAUCACACUCGAGGAAAUACAAGUUACUUGCAGAGGCCUGGCUGGAUUAUGA